CACUGUAGAAAGGAAAAUUCCCAGUUUCGCGAAACUGAGUUAUUUUGACGUGUUUUUUACCCGAUUUUCGCUUUUUUCCGUAUUGAAAAUUGUUUUAGAAGAUAGGUCUAAUCAUAAAGAUCAUGGCAAGCAAUAUGUGUCGUCCGUUAGUGACGCUUUUGAUCGUUUUACUGGGUCUCUUUUCGAAGACCUAUGCAGAAAUUUGCGACAGCGGGAUCGUCUGUCAGAGCUGUUGUCUAGAUGGCGACUCCUGUUGCUAUGACGACGACGAUGAUGAUUAUUACUAUACUUGGAACAUCUGGAAUAUGUGGUAUUUCUGGUUUAUCAUAAUUUUUGUUCUUCUAUCCUGCUUCGGGGGAUGUGGCUACUGGCGCCGCCGUCGAAUCCUGCUCCAACAACGUAACUCGGCCGCGACAAGUGUGACCAUCCAACCUGGUGUCCCUGUGACAGCUGGUGCUCAACCUGGUCCCUAUUUCCAAGGGGGUUACACUAACACCUCGUACGGUACUCCUGGCGUGCCACAAAAUAUCGCCCAACCUCCAGCAAUGUAUAAUGGUCCGCCAGCUUAUACUGAGGUGAUCUCCAAACCCGACCAAUAUCCCCAGCCUCCUAAAACACAUCCCGAUGGUCAAAUGAGAGCUCCCUACCCCACGCAACCCGGAUUUGCUGCUAUGCCGUAUCAAACCGGACCAGAUGGUGGUGCUGCUAGGCCACCGCCGUACGUCGCUGCGCCGUCAAGCCAGACUCCAGGAGAGGCUGCGCCGUAUCCUACACAAGGACAAGCGCCGUAUCCCCAGCAGAAUUCAACUCCUUACCCACAACAGUAACCGUGGCGACCUAACUUUACAAGCAGGGAGUUGUUUCUAAUCCAUGUCAUCUUGAUGGUGGUGGAGUGUGUAUAUGCAAAUGUUUCACCCUAACCACAUUUUAGGAAAAUUAUUGAAAAUUAUUACUAAGAAGACUUUGAGACAAUAUUAGGUUCACACUAAAGGCCCGGUACUCUGAUGUUGUCGAUAAGUUUUCCUCCAGGUACUGUCAGAACAUUGUAAACUUUGCCCAUUGAGCCUUCUACUAAGCGUGUUAGAAAGAUUACAGACUUUCAAAUCAUGGGGUGGGAUGGGUUAAAUGUUUAAAUAGAGCAGUUCGUAUCAUUCAACCAGAAUUGAAGCACCUGAUUCUAAAAACUCCACUUAUCCCAUUUCCUUAUCAAAUUCCGAAUUGGCUAUCUAGCGUCUAACUAGGUUGUGACUGGUGUUUACUGAAAGACUGAUGUUAGACUAGACCAAAGGCAAACUUCCUUGUUGAAAAAUUUAACUCGACUUUGAAAAUUUCUAGUUGUAAAAUUUAGGCCGAUUUGGUUUUUAGCUCACCUCUUAGCAGAGGUGAGCUUAUCCCAUACCGUGUCGUCCGUCGUCGUCGUCGUCGUCGUCGUCCGUCGUCCGUUAGCAGGGCACGUUUCGUAACUGUUAGAGCUAUUGAGUUGAAACUUGGUACACAUGUACCCUUAUGUAAUGACACCUUGGAGACCAAGUUUCGGUCCGAUUCAUUUCAUGGUUUGGCCACCAGGGGGCCAAACGAUAAAAGUGAAAAUAUGCAAUAUCUCCCUUAAUAGUAGUUGGGAAAUUUUGAAAAAAAUAUGGUAGGUACUUCUAGCAAAGGUGCAUCAUAUAUCCUCCGGGUUUUUGAUUUGACCUCCUUUUCAAGGUCACAGAGGUCAAAUGGUGUAAAUUGGCCGUUAGGAUGUAACGAUGGCACGUUUCUAAACUGCAAUGACUAUUGAUACCAAAUUUGGUACACAUUUACCCCUUAGUCAGGUGAUCUCAGGGACCUAAGUUUGGUCCAAUAUGAUUCACCACUUGACCACCAGGGGGCAAAAUCCAAAAACCUUAAAAAUGUGAUUAUUCCUUAACUUCUUGCCCGAUUGCCACCAAUUUGAUAUCAUGGGUACAUCUAACCACCAUACAGUAUAUGUCACACAGGUUUUUAAUUUGACCUUCUUGUCAAGGUCACAGAGGUCAAAUGGCGUAAAUUCGCCGUCAGGCACAUUUCUUAACUGCAAUGACUAUUGAUCACAAAUUAAGUACACAUGUACCCCUUGGUCAGGUGAUCUCAGGUACCGAAGUUUGGUGCGAUCUGAUUUGCCGUUUGGCCUCCAGGGAGGGGGCCAAAUCCUAAAUUCUUCAAAAUGCCAUUAUUCCCAGUAAUGACUUGCCCGAUUGGCACCAAUUUUAUAUCAUAGGUACAUCUAAUUCUAACAACCAUUCAAUGUGUCACCCGGGUCUUCUUUGAUUUGACCUACUUUUCAAGGUCACAGAGGUCGAAUGUACUGUAAAUUGGCCAUUUUGGGGAAAUUGUAAUUGCUUGGAUCUACAUCAAACCUAACACUACAUGACACAAUACCAUGCUCUUUAUCCAUCUUUCCUCCACAUGAGGUGAGCACAAUGGCCCUGGCCAUUUCAUUUAUUCUCAAGUUCAAUUCUAGUCUUUAUUGAUUCGGCUUUUAGGAGUGGGUGCUUCAUUUCUAUGUACCUGUAUAUCUAUUCAAUGGCUAAGCUUAACUGUGAUACUUAGUGUGCCUUGGCAGAUCAUUUCCUGUUUGGUGAAUGCAAGAACCAGUAUUGUAGCAUGACAAAUUUUAAAGAAAUGGUGCAUGAAUUUCUUUUUCAAAAACAUGGACAACUCUGUUAAAAAAUCCAGGCAUUAGUGCUAUUGAAAUGAUUUUUGUCUCCAGUUUUGAUCGAAGAGGUGGAAUUUAUUCAUGUUAACACUGUUCUUUUAAGUUUUUCUGAUUUCUUCGUGUUGAAGUUCAUUGUUGUGGAAAGUAAAUUCUAUUUUUGGACAUCAACAUUUAUUUUUUCAUUUGAUUUGUAUUUGAAUUAUUUUUGAAUAUGUACUACUUUCAAGCUGCCACGAACAAUGAAAAAUCUUCACAUAAAAUUAUUCAAAAUAUUCGGCUGAUGUUUGUGCAACCAGUGGUAAUCUUGAACAAAAAUAAUUUUAACCUUACACCCCCACAAUCAUUAUUAUGGUCCACUAUUAUGCAUUAACUAGAAUAGUCCAUGCAGAGAAAUGGGGAUGAACAACUUCCAAAAUGGAAACUGAGUGAGUGAUUUUAAAUUCUAAAUCUAUUCUAUGACAUACUGUAACCUAGAAGAUUUUGUUACUGGCUACUUUUAAAGGGCUAUGCCGUUCGUUCAAAAUUUGAAACUUAGAAUUGAAUUUAAAUCUUUCCAAUUGUGUAAGACGUUCCGGAUAUAAAUGUCUGCAAUGCCAGCAGUUGACAGAUUUAUACAGAUAUUCAAAAAACAAGUUUCAGCAAGUCAUAUGCAUGAACUGUACUUCACCAUUGUGUAUAACUGCAUUUCUAUUUUCCUGGACCACCAGCAAUUACGAAUGGCGUUCCCCUUUAAGAGCCCUGAGAUAACUUGUGUAGGGACUAAAAUCACUAAGCCACUUCACAUAUCAAAAGUGUUUUUAAUCCACCAACUCAGGUAUAUAUAUUGUAAUAAUUGCUUUAUAGUGGGCAGAGGUAUUUCUCCAUGUGACAAACACAAUUGUAAGUCGCUCAUAUUCGAUGUCAGAACAUUCCCUGACUGUCAAUCAAUAUAGCGCUUCUUUGCACCAAAGAAAGGGGUCAUACUUAACAGCAUCCACCAGGUUCAAAAGCAUAUUUAAAGUCAUCAAAAUAAAAUCUAAUGGUCAUAAACGAAAUAAGGAAGACAUUUUCCACAUUAUCUGAUCGUUUCAUGACAUUUGUGGGCUAGAUAAGCGAGUUGUUGUCUAAAAUGUACCAGCGCCCACCUGCACUCAGUCGGCAGCCAUGAUGGAUUUGACUUGGAGGAAAUGAUGGGACUUCCCAAUACUACAGGAGCCUUGUGAUUUUAGACAACAUCUCCCUGAUCUUACACCCAAAUGUCAUGAAAUUUUCAGGAAAUGUGUUUUAUGGUGUACUUAUUACAUUUAUGGCUCUUAAAUUUUAUUUUGAUGACUUUAUACCUGAUUUUAAACCUGGUGGACGAUGUUUAGAAUGACCAAAAGAAAGCAGUGUUCUCCACAAGGUAAUUAUCCAGGGCAGCCCACCAUACCUUGGUAGAGCCACCCUACCUUGCUCUAGAAUUUUGUAAAGGGUUUCCAUAGGGCCACCCGACCUUAAAUUGCUGGCCACCCUACCUUGUGUUGCACACUGGCAAAACAACGUGAAUUCAAGGGUAGGAGCCAACAUUGAGAAAACCCUGUGGAGAACUCUUCAAGGGUAUCACGGAAGUGCUUCUGGCUCUGCUGGUUUUGUACAGGAAUACUAAAAAGGCUUCCGUUUACUAGGGCAGUGUUUUUACAAAGGCAGCACUCCGGCAUUCUUUUUUGGCACUAGUGCCUUGUCUUCUGAAGUGAGCUUCAGGUGCAGGGACGGGUGUCUUGGGAUAAAAUGGCCGGCAGAAGUUGUCGGCAAACAAUCCUGCAAUGCCAGCUUUGCGAUGUCAACAGAUCAGUUUUGGUGUAUAGCAAUUCAGUUCUUUGAUAAAAUCAGGGUUGGAAAUGGAAGAGCUUGGACUCAAGUGGCCAAUGUGACAAAUAGUGAGUAAAUUUGGCAGCUCAUGCACCCCGAUCAAGUGUUUGGUCACACUUUUUGAUGCUUCUUGACUGUUACUUGAGCCUGCUAUGAGAGCAUUCAUCUGCUAAGCCAAACUGGGCAUGCACAUCGAGGUGAAAGUUGAUUUUUAUAUAUAGCAAGGCGGAAAUAAUCGAAGGCACUAGGCACUAUACGCUUGUGAGAGCAUUUUUAGGAUUGCCUCAUUCAACCUCAUUGAUGAUUGAUAGUAAAUUUCUGUAGGAUGUAUAUUUGUAAUUCCUACAGAGCUGUCUUAUAAUUGAUUCUAAACUACGUGUCACUUUCAAUUGAUUUUAUAUAAAACUAUUAAUACUUGUACUCGAGAUAUCUCCCUCCUCACUGUUGUGUAUUUAAAGGCCAGUCUUCCUAUCAAACUUCGUUGGACAAAAGAUGACCUAGGCUAGUUUUCAACUGAAUGUUCUCCGAUACCAACUGGAAGAAACAUAGUUUGAAUAUUUACAUGUCUUUAAAAGAAAAGUCUGAAGCAGGCAUCAGCUAAUCUGAAGCAAGUUUUGACAGUACUUUGAUUGACCAAUGACUUGGGUGAUGACGGGUCCGCCCUCCACAAAUCUUGCAACUUUUUCCAAUGAAACAUGGAGAAACAUUGAGAAACAUGAAACAUCGAGAAACCUUACCUUGGACGUUUACACAGUGAAACACUAUGAAACAAAAGUCCACUCAUAUGCAUUUGACUUGUCACUUUUAGCCAUUUUGCCAUUUUGGAUAUGGAGUAAAAAUCACAUGACUUUUUAUCACAGUCUGAUUGGCCACAGAGUUAAAAUGUAAUUGACACUUGUAGAAACUUGAUGAAGCCUGUCCAGAAUUUACGAGCAUGUUCGUAAAUUGUUUCAUGUUUCUCCUAGUUUUACAAGGUUUCAAGAAAGGGGUUUCAUCAUGUUUCUUCAUGUUUCUUGACCAGUUCACACAUGCUACACGAAGAAACUUUUAGGUUUCAUGGUUCAAAUUACAUAGCCUGUCAGUCAAGUUUCUCUUAGUUUCUAUGUGUUUCUCCUAAAAAGUUGCAUGUGUAAACCAGCCUUUAGACUCACUCUUGUGUGACACUCAUAUGUGACAUAACGAGAUGUAGAGGAAACCUGUGAAGGACUUGAAUGGGAUUGUAAUUGGAGGUAUGGGGAGUGUGACCGCAAUUAUGGAUCACAAUCAUUUAAAGAAAUUACGUUUCCUUUUUAUUGUCGGAUGACAAUUGUUUAAGAGUGAGUGGAGGUUUCACCUGACAUUACACCUUUCCCCAGGUCUGUUGCGAAACAUGUCAGUAGGACUCAGAUGGGCCGCUCAAUCAGGCUUACAACCUGAGCAUAUCUGACUGGUACCCAUUUCCACCUGUGGGGGUUGAACCAGGGACUACUUGACUACUUCAGUCUUUAAUUGAUUGUCUCUCUUUUGAGACUAACAUGAAUCAUUUUGUCGUGGAGACGGGCCUCAUAUUCUGUGUUGCUUAAAUCGUAGCUAUUUUAGAAAUCAUCCAAAAUAGACAAAUCUGGAAUUGUCAAAGUUAGUGGUGAUCCUAACACGUUUUACUCUCCCAGCCUCCAUAGGACUUCGGUCGGUCUCGAGGCUUCAGAGGCCUUGGGGUACCUCUAUUAGACCAAGAGGCUGCCUCUAUUUGACCAAGAGGCUGCCUCUGUUGGCCUUGAGGCUGCCUCUAUUGACCUAGAGGCUGCAGAGGCCGGGAGGUUGACUCUGCUGGCCUUGAGGCUACCUCUAUUUGACCUAGAGGCUGCCUCUGUUGGCCUUGAGGCUACCUCUAUUGACCUAGAGACCAGAGGUUGACUCUGCUGGCCUUGAGGCUACCUCUAUUGACCUAGAGACCUAGAUGUUGACUCUGCUGGCCUUGAGGCUACCUCUAUUUGACCUAGAGGUUGACUCUGUUGACCCAGAGGCUGUCUCUAGUGACUUGUAGGUUAUAAAGAGUGUGUAGGACAUGUAUGUAUGAACUCUGCUAAUUUGUAAUUUGUCUAUAAAGAGACUAUUUUUGUAAAAUCUUAAUCUGAUGCAAAUCACUAUUGAUUGAGAACAUAUAUUUCUGAUAUUUGUAACCAAAUGUGCACGUAUUUAUGUAAUGUUCUACUUGUAAAUAAAGAUCAUCUAACCAUUUUA